AGAACUCUGAAACUAUUGUAAUAUUCAAUAUCCCGAUUCCAUACUAUUAUUUUUUGAAUAUUUGCUCAAUGAAUAAUAUUCACUUUUAAAACUAACGAAUAUAUAAAUAGUGAAGUUUAUAUGAUAAUAUGUUAUUAUAUUAACUUAUUAGUAAUUUAUUUACUUACAUAAUGUAUAAUAUGUAUGUACAAAUAUAAGUAUAUAUAAACUUGUUAUACACUGUAAGUCUAUAAACCAAGUGUUAAACUUAGUAGUAAUAAUGGUUGAAGAAAUGGACACGACAGGUGGUGCUUUGAAUAGUUUAUUUUCAUUCACCAGCCCAUCUGUAAAAAAACUACUUGGGUGGAAACAAGGAGAUGAAGAAGAGAAAUGGGCUGAGAAAGCUGUAGAUGCAUUGAUGAAAAAGUUAAAAAAAACUAAAGGAGCAACUGAAGAUUUACAAAAAGCUCUAAGUUCACCUGGACAACCAAGUAAAUGUGUCACUAUACCAAGAAGUCUAGAUGGUCGAUUGCAAGUAUCUCACAGAAAAGGUUUACCUCAUGUUAUAUACUGUAGAGUAUGGAGAUGGCCUGAUCUUCAAUCACACCAUGAGCUUAAAGCAGUAGAUCACUGUCAAUUUCCAUUUUCUGCUAAACAAAAAGAUGUUUGCAUAAAUCCAUAUCACUAUCAAAGAGUCGAAAGUCCGGUUUUACCUCCGGUACUAGUUCCCCGCCAAAGUGAAUAUGCUCCACAGCAGACAUUGCAGCAAUAUCAGCCACCAAUCGAUGUUGGAAUGCCAAUGAAUGUAUCAAUGAACACUGAUGGAUUUCCUGAAAGUGUAUUAACUACUAAUCAAACUACAUCUAAUGACCCCAAUCAAAUUCCUUCUACAAAUAACAUUAAUCCAUUUUCAGAUACAUCUCUAAUAGAAAAUUCUUCAUUUUCUUCAACAGAUGAUCCAAUCAAAAUUAAUAAUAUUGACAAAAAUACCAAUUUAGAAGACCUCGAUGGUAUUCCAAUAGUCUAUCAAGAGCAACCCUGUUGGGCUAGUAUAGCAUAUUAUGAACUCAAUUCUAGAGUGGGUGAAGUAUACCAGUGUCAUUCUCCUCAUGUGGUUGUAGAUGGUUUUACAAAUCCUAGAAAUGAUUUAAAUCGUUUUUGUCUUGGUCAGUUAUCUAAUGUAAAUCGUAAUUCAACUAUUGAAAAUACUAGACGACAUAUAGGCAAAGGUGUUCAACUAUAUUAUGUUGGUGGUGAAGUUUUUGCUGAAUGUUUAUCUGACUCGGCUAUAUUUGUUCAAUCACGUAAUUGUAACCAGCACCACGGCUUUCAUCCAUCUACGGUGUGUAAAAUACCACCAGGUUGUUCAUUGCGUAUAUUUAACAAUCAAGAAUUUGCUGGUCUUUUAUCACAAUCAGUUAACCACGGGUUUGAGGCAGUUUUUGAAUUAACCAAAAUGUGUACAAUACGUAUGUCAUUUGUAAAAGGCUGGGGGGCUGAUUAUCAUCGUCAAGAUGUAACAAGUACACCAUGUUGGAUUGAGAUACAUUUGCAUGGACCUUUACAAUGGCUUGAUAAAGUGCUGACACAAAUGGGAAAACCUCAUGAUGCCAUAACAUCACAUUCUUAAUAUUAAGAUCUGUUUUUAAGAUUCAAUUUGAUGAAUCCUAUAACCAUUAAAUGGUAACAAAUAUUUCAUCAAGUAUACUUCUUUAAUACUUUGUGAAACUAUUUAAUAAAAGGUUUAACUUGUAGAUAAAUAUAAAUACUAUGUAGAUGUUUUUUAUAUUAUUAUAAUUUAUUGUUUUAAAAUAUUUUUAGUAAACACAAUUCAUGUGUGAAAAUUGCUUCAAAUCAGUAUUGAAUAGAAAAUGUUAUAUCAUAUUUCAUGUUUUAUUUUUAUGAAUUACUUGUCAGAAUAUUGCAUGUUUAAAUAACUAUAUUAUAUUUAAGUUUGUGCUUUAAUAAAUUGACCACUUUUUUGUAUAUUAUGUAUAUGAAAAUAAAUUAUUGUUAUGGCUGGAAAAAUAAAGAAGCUGUAAUGCCAC